AUGGAUCAGAUGGACGCGCCACAGACCACAGUGGUGUCCAACACGACACCUGAUCAACCGCAGGCGACUCCAGACAAUGGCCAAGAGGAAAUCGGAGCACCAGAGCCCGCGCCCAUCAAGCCGAAGCGGCACAGAGGUCGCCAGGCGAAGGAUCCCCUGGGACAGACCGUUCAAUUCAAAUGCAACAAAGUCGAAGACCUAGAGCAGCAGCUUCGCGACUAUCUUGCUAGUCCUACUGGUGAUCCUGCACACACCACCCUAGAGUUCUCGUUUCCAGUGACGGCCGCAUUUCUCGUAGCACUGAGAGAGAAGAAAGGGAAUAAGCCUGUGCACGACAAGACUCCAUAUACGUAUAGCCAUUUCAACAAAACUGCUGUCACGGUCAUCGACGCCCUACAGAAUAUUCAAGACCCCAAGGAACAAAUGCUCGCUCAAAAAGGCAUAUCGAAAACUCUGGUCGAUGCGGUCCAGGAGGCCGAUGGAUACCAUUACAGCUUCCACAACCACUGGAUUAGCCGAGAGGAUCAAGCAAGCAGAUUUUCUUACUUCUGCAACGACUCGGUCUUGAAUAAAGGUCGCGCGGCUAAUGAAGGGUCCAAGUUCAAACCAGGUGUCAAAGUGAAGAAGCAGGUGUGGGAGUGCGAUGGUGUGCUGGCCAUCAAGUUCUCUUUGACAAAAAUGAGUCUUCUACUGCACUACAAGCACAUCCCACUCCAUCCAACGUUUGACGAACGAGCUCCACUACCUCGAGCUGGUAGUAAACGUCGAAAACUAAUGGAAAUCUUCCACCCAGAGAAACUACAGCACCUAAAACGAGGCCGACCGAAACGAGCCACAUCGUUAUCCACAUCUCGACCACCAGCGAUAAGGAGCCCCUCUCACAACCAAGAUAUUUCAGCACCUACGCAUCAAGUGUCGAACGGAGCAGCUGCUACAGUUACACGAGAUAGCAGUUUGCAACCGCUCUUCGAUUUUCUUGGCUCUGCGGAGCAGGCAACUACUACUCCGGCCGAGUCGGUCAGCUAUCAAGUUGAGCAUGGUGCUGAAUCUCUGACCAUUAUUCCCCAAGCUGGUCGUGGCAGUGAUACUGGAGUUGCAACGGCUUCCGAAGAGACAGAUGUUGCUCAAGGCGGUCAGCUCCGGGUUGCUGGCUUGAUGACAGGCGCUGCGUCUGGCGAGCAAACUAUCCGGGCCCGCAGGGCGAAAGGCUCUACGAAAAAGAAUAAGAGGACUGCUACUCUCACAGGCACCAAUUCGGCGCCUGCGCCUUCAGCACCCGCUGAUUCGGUGAUGGACCCAGCAACAGAGCUGGAAGCGCUGAGGGCGAAAUUACGAGAAGCGGAGCAAAAGAUCCAGUAUUUGGAGGCUGAGAGAAGUCGUGCAGCCGCCCCUUUGACCUGGACCGGCUCAUCACAGUCACCCUCCACGCCUUUUCAUGAUCCAGCGCCACCGCCACAAGGCUCCAUUCCCGACCUGAACCCCCAACAACACAGUCCACAUGCGCUGCCUCCUCAGUGGCAACCUCAGCACGAUCCCUACUUCUCAGCAUCUUCCCAGAAUGACUCUUUACCUCGAUCUAUGCCACCAGUAAAUCCGGAAUCAGGUCCUUCUUCUUAUAGCCCUUCUCCUAUCCGUACACUACCGGAGAACAUCCCGUAUUAUGGCUUCGUUCCAGCUGUUCGAAAUCCACAUGAUCCUCCACCUCCACGGAAACUUCAGCCCAAACCUCCAGCUGUAUGA